AUGUUAUGCAUUAAUACAGCUCGUGUGCGAGUGACGUCACGAGGUCAGUUAAGUCCCGACAGGACGGCGGGCGUUAAAAAAGCGUCCCCGGCGGGCGGUCGUUGGCAGCGGCGGGCCCGGGCCGCAUUCCUGUGCGGCGGAGCACCGCGCGCCCACACCCGCGUCCCCACGCGUUGCAACACGGCCGAGUUGUGGGGCACCGUCGCCUCCUCGGCCGCGGUGCCGUCCGUCGGGCAUCGCCAAUCGGUCGGUUGCUUAGAGCGCAUGAGAAGUGCCUUCAUUAAUAACGCGGGCGGCAGCGGCCCGGCUUCCUGCCGCCGCCGUUCAAAUACAAAUUGGAUUCGCGCGAAGUCGACGCGGCAUUGUCACACGACGCAAGCGGUGUGCAAGCCGAGAACAGACCAAACGGCCAAAACCCGUGGGUUCUGGCUAGCCCACCGGUUCUGCGUCAGU